CUAUGUCUAGCGCACUACUGCGAUCUUCAUGGACCAACACCUCUCAUGGUCACUGAAGGCCUGCCAGUACCAUGCGCACAAUGUUGUGAUGAGAGUACCGAACCUGCACGCCCGCAAACAAGUGCUGCGUCGCCUGGUUCGCCAGCAGUCGUUACAGAUGCUCUGCGAAAAAUGACACUUGGAGCCUCCCGUAGUUCCUCUAUCCCUGCAUCCGAUCAAGAUAUGCAAAUGCACCGUACAUCAUUACUACGAGCGUCGAAACUUGGUCCCAAUGGUACGGCUCACCCAGCUUCCGUAGCAUCUCCUAUUGCAGGCUCGGCAAUUCAGACGCCCCCCCAGAGUCCCCGAAAUGUACCCGAAGGCUUCCCCGAAGCGAACGGCAAGGGUAAUAUGCGCCGCGAUCCAAGUUUCCAUCGAACCUACGACGACUCCGACACGAAGCGGGCAAACCCAUGCCAAAACUGUGCACUCACACUCCCUAAGCGACAGGAACCAAAGAAGGGAAAAGAUGGAAGCACAUCCGGAACUGCGGAAUCCAAGUCUGGUCAUAGGGGACCUACAUUACGAACCCGCGCACCCUACGCCCGCGUCUAUGGAGGCCAGGGUGAAAUUAGCCCACCCAAUUCCAACCCACAAUCUUCCUAUACUUCGGAUGCGGAAGAAGAGGUAUUGUCUACGGAUACUGCUAAGCGCCCAGCCACGUAUCGCCGACCGACUACCUCGACUUCACAUUCGAGUGUCUCGUCUCGGUCUAGUGUCACACAGCACACACACUACUUGGAUUACACCUCCACGCAUGAAUCUGUCGUUCCAACUACCUUUUCUAUAGUUCGCGCCUCCUGCUUAAGGACAUUAUCUUUCGAGACGCUCCCUCGGCGACCUGAAACUGCACAGGCAGGCCAAUUACCGGGCAUCCCCCCACCCUUCCCAUCUCCGUCAACCGGUCACGGCCCAGGUUAUAUUACGACUACACCGAAUCCUCAAUCAGCUGCUAAUGGCGGGCCGAUAUUCUUUGGUGACCCCCUCGCAGGCUACACAACUGCGUACAUAUUCCGAAUUCCCGAUAUGCACGCCCGUGGACGUAAGAGGGUCUACGCGUUUUUGGCGCUUAGUACGCACCGCGAGCGCCUCGCUAUGAAGACAUUUAGUUUCGUAUCUGCUGCCUUCCGUGACCUUGCAAACUGGAUCCAAGAGUUAGCCGAAGCUGAAGCCGAGCGGGACCGCGAACGCGAGGAGGCCAAUAGUCCGAUUGCUGCGCUGAACGCUGCAUAUGGGAAUGGUGGAUUUGGCGAGGGCCCGCGUGACAGUGGCAUCGGCCUAGGUCUGGGAGGUGGAUUCGGUACCAACUUGGACCGCGAUCGAGAACGGGAUAGAGCCAACGACACGAGCAGCUUCCUAACUGGCGGCGGUCGCGGCGGCUUCAUGCAGCGCAUGGGCGGGUCUAUGGGCCCCGGUGGGUUUGCGCCUAAGGCUCGCGGUCUUGCAGAACUAGUGGGGCUCCCCGAUUUCUUCAUCGAGUUGCAUUCUCGUUUUGUGCAGUUGCUGCUGGAAUUGGGCGUUGUGCUCUCUUCCUGAUCACGGCCUGCCUAUGACCGGUUAACACGAGACCGAGUUAACAACUCACCACACACCAAAGACGAGGUGAAUACUUAGGAGAGGAGGAUAUACCCAGGUUUGCUGAGUGUUGAGUGGAGAUACCCCCCCGCGAGCGUCCUUCGAUUGAUUGCAAAGCACUUGCUUGAGUUGUUAGUCAGGGUUAUUCGUUCGCAGAUGGAGCCCCUUGGCGCGCAUAAUACCCACACAUGUCGAUUUGUGCCCUGUUUUUACUUUACGCCCAAUAAAUCGCGUUACCUCAUUUUUUUAUUUCCCCCCCACCCCUUCCAAGAGGGAGAUACCCACUUUGUAUUAC